UCAAGCAUGUUGCUAUUGCUGACUCUGUAAUGAACGCUGAGCAGGGGACGAGAGAGAAGGAGAGUCACACAGACCCAGCCUCUCCACACACGCUCUCACAUGCGCGCAUUCAAACAGAGAGGUUCCUCGCUCUGGAGAUCGAGAGACACAUGCACGCACUCUUUCUCCCGCAAACACACACACACACACACACAAACACACACGCGUAGUUUCUUUCUCCCGUGCACAGAAAGCCAGUGGAGAAGGCAGACGGGGAGGCUCCGGUGCGUUUUUAAAGCAGCAGUCAGAGUGGACUAGCCCGAACAGAGGACAGCCCGCUGUCUGAACGGACCUACCGGCCCCUAGCCCACGGACGGCACCGGCACCAUAGAAAAAGGGGUUAUGCCAGGAGAGCUUGAAAAGAAGGGAAGAUACUGCUGACGUCUGUCCGUCAGCCCGUCAGCCUCUCUUCAAACCACCUUUUCUCUGGAGCUGAUAUCUCAAAUCGGACGUCCCUGUAUUUUAUUUGCUCUUUUUUCUUUUUUUCCGGGAGAGAUUGUUAAGGAUCGCUGAAGAAAGGAAGUGGUGAUUUAUGGCUUUGCCAGGCUGUGGCGUUUCAUCAUUUUUCCAUUUGUUGUUUCAUUAAUUUAAACAAACCCUUGUUUCCCCUUCAGACUGAAUUAAGAGUGUGGGCGGCGCAGGAAUAGGGCUCUGAGGACUUUGAGGGAACUGUUUCCAUGUCAUUCAGUCGUUAGGCAAAUUCCUUCCUAUCCUGACAGAGCUGUGUUAAACUAAGCUGGAGCUCCGGGGAAAGGAGGGGGCCAUGGAUGGGCCUUUGGCCCAGGACAGAGCAGCCUACCUGGGACAUACUUAAGGGACACUGGCAUAGUGGUUUUUCUCACCCACGGUUUUCUGUAUACAGGAAAACAAAAACAUGACUUUUCUAUGGUCCUGCCUCCUUGGUGCUGGAGGGAAUGACAUACCAGGGCCAACACCUGAAUAACAACAACCAAAACAACUAGGAAAGACAACAGACACAAUUAAAAGACAACCAAACCUCUACAAGCCCACAUCGAACAACUUGGAGUGGGUCUUUUACAAGUACUCCUUCAUCAGUCCAUAGCCCUAUUCUCCACCUUGUGUUCUCUGUGCUGUGGGGUUCAUCUUCCUCCAUCCGCCAGAAAGAAUCAUCUGGUGACUGCCCCCAACCCCCACUCAGAAAUUAAAUUCCUCCAAAUAUUGUUGACAUAAAAUAUUGACCUUUACAUGUCAAUCUAGGCAAAGUUUGCUCAAAGGAUUCUGGGUAAUCGCCCCCGGCGGUGCUCCGUCGCCCUGGGUAAAAGGGCAGGGGGGCGGCCCACGGUUCCCCCCGACCACAACUGGGUGAAGAGCGGGCGCAGACGGCAAGAUGGCGGCUCUCGCCAGCUCGUUGAUCCGGCAGCGACGGGAGGUGAAGGACCCCCAAGCCAACCGGCAGGUGGCCAGCAAGAGGAAGCCAUGCCCCAAGGCAAACAAGUCCCUGUGCCAGAAACAAAUACUAUUACUCAUAUCAAAAGUCAGGCUAUGUGGCAAUCGAGGGCGAAAGUUAGAAAAAAGACCAGAGCCCCAACUGAAAGGCAUUGUCACCAGACUGUACAACCGGCAUGGCUUCUACCUCCAGAUGCUUCCGGAUGGCACCAUGGACGGCACAAAGGACGAAAGCAGCUCCUUUUUGCAGUUCAACUUGAUUCCUGUGGGUCUGAGGAUAGUGGCCAUCCAGAGCACUAAAACAGGGCUGUACAUCGGGAUGAACAGCGAUGGAUACCUCUACACCUCGGAACACUUCACCCCGGAGUGCAAGUUCAAGGAGAGCGUGUUUGAGAACUACUACGUGACCUACUCAUCCAUCCUGUAUCGGCAGACCCAGUCUGGCCGGGCCUGGUACAUCGGCAUUAACCGGGACGGACAGGUCAUGAAGGGGAACCGCGUCAAAAAGACCAAGGGGGCAGCCCACUUCCUGCCCAAACUCAUAGAAGUGGCCAUGUACAGGGAGCCGUCGCUGCAUGAAGUGGUGGUGGUUGCCGAGCUGAGUCCGCCUAGGAAAACAGCCAAGACCUCGGAUUCGCCCGUGCUGCAGAAUGGCAAAAAAGACCCUCCCUCAAAAACCAAAACCUCCUAGCGUCCAGAGAAAAGAGGUUUGGACCUGCGGGCAAUGGACACUGGCAUGAGCACCUUCAGGAACUACAGGGAAACAACAGAGUUACGGCGACCGUAGCUUCGAAGAACUCAUUUUCCCACCAUGCAACAGUGAAGGGGGCGGGGAAAUAAUGGCCAAUGAAACCUUUCUUUUAAGACACGGUGCCCUCCCAAAACACACACACACACCCACACACACACACACACACACACACACACACACCCCGCAGCCCCAAUGCUUCUCUUUUCCAGCGCGCCCCUUGAAGAGUCUGGGAGUUCCGAGCAAUAAACACGUGAAGUGGAAAUGCGGUGUUUUGUAACGUGGCUACGUCAAAACCAUUGCCACAACCACUUCAGAAGAGACACUUCAGCGUCCGAGGGAAGUCUUCCUGCUGUUAUUCCAAAGAAGGGUCAAACGCUUCUCUCCUUCCCCCACUUAGCAGCACUUGGAGGGGGCCUUCCAUUCAGCACUCCCACAGGUUACAGCCAUACUAGUGGAAGAUUUCAAAUGUCACCCUGUUCUCUACAAUGCUAUCAAGGAGAUAGGGGGUCACUUUGGAUGCAUCAGCAAACACCCUUUAGUUCUCUGAGCGUCUUAUACCACUUCUUCUAUUUCUGUCACCGUGGCUACAGUAUCUCAUCCACGUCUAAGCCAUGAUGUAGUGUUAUUUUGUGUUUUGUGUUUAGUUUUUUUACAAAGAAAGAAAAGUGUUCACCUUCUCUGCAAUUUGAUUAGUUUGUAACACAGAGUCAAUUUUCCACUCAGCAGCACAAGAAGAUCUUGCUCAUUACUCUCCGGGGCUGUUAACAGUCGGUUUCACAGAUCAACAUCUAUCACGACCACUGGAAAGAAAACCCACUCCUCACUGCACUCAACGACACACACACACACACACACCACAUACACGCAAACAAGCGUGUCCUGCAGGGAGCAGUGACAGUUUGUUCAGGCCUUGAUGAAACGAUGACGAUAUAAUCAGUGAGAUGGUUUAGAUCCGGUAGCCUGGGUGUCCAUGUGCAUGAUGAUUAGCUCCCCAGUCUUCCUAGCCUGGCACUCCAGCGUACUAACACUGCUCCGGCUCAGCUCUGGUGGGAAUCGACUGUUUCUUCAGGGCUACAGUCUUUCAGCCUGUGGGUGUAUGUCAGUUUCUGCUGGCGAAAUUCUUAAGAAAUUGUCAACCUCCUUUUCUCUUUUGUUCUCUUUUUCCAAUUGUGUGCUGAAUCUCUCCUACACUGGUUCACUUAAGUAUCCUAUAGACCUGGAUGAAAUCCGAUCUUACGUUUUCAGGCACUGCAUCUUCUGGUGGCGCCGGUCCAUUCAGGCGAGGUGCCCUGGUGCGCUGGAGGGAAUCCAUGUUAGAUCAAGCCAUCGAUGAUUAGCAGGCUGUAAAUGAAUCGGUCAGAGUUUCCAUACUAGGAAAAACAAUAACUUAGAACAUAUUGUAGAAAAACGUUGCAAAGACCUGAUAGUCAAGGGAUUGAUGAUUUGCUCUGAUAGGGAUGAGUACAGCUUUAAGAAGCUGAAAGAAAAAUCUAGCAAUAAUUGUUUCACUGCAAAUCAUUCUGCCAGUUAGAUUGAUUCUAUGAUUAGUGUUUUUACAUUGAUGUGUUGCCGGGAGAGACUGGAGCUCUGGGAGAAUUUAAGAUGGCAGAUCCCAUCAGGUCCCAGUGGUUCUAUUUGGAAGGCAAACAUAGCUGGGGCAGAGUGGAACGGGAGGCGACUGGUUUAGAGAGUGCUGGCAAGUUUGUCGAGCCUGACGAGAGGAAUUAAGCAAUGAAGACUCAGAGAGAAUUCUGGGACUCCCCCACACACAUGUACACUGUUGUGGAGGUUUGUGACCUGUGUAUAAAUACCACAUAUUUCUGUUGCUCCAGGGCCCAUGUUGAACAGUCCACCUUCAUAUGUUUUCAAAAGUAGAUGUCUGUCUGUCCACUAGUGCAAAUAACACGAGUUCAGACAAAUAACUUCAAUUAAGUAAUUACAAAGGCUUUCAGUUUCAUGUAUUCGGGCCAGUCUCCUUGGGAGUGGAGCCUACAGGCAUACAUUAACACACACAUAUACACACACACACACACUCACACAGGCAUGACACACCAGGCCUGACUGACUGAUUCCACAAGCUAAUUCCAAGCAUGUCCAAUUACAGAAAGCUUCUAAGAACAUGAGUCUCUUGGAAGAUUCCUUCUUCCUCACAUUAGGACUAAAUAAGAGACUGUCAGAAGGGUAGAGAGAGGGAGAGGAAGAGAGAAGAGGAGAGGAAAAUACAAAUGGGAGAGAGGAGAGAGAAGAGGAAAGAGUGUGAUGGGGGACAGGAGAUGGCAGACAGGAGAAAAUAAGAGGAAACAUUAAAGCAGGGCUUCCAGUGGUGUGUGAAACAAACAAAUGGUGAAGCAAGUCAGUGAACCCAUAAAUGGGGAUGUAUGAGAAACAGCCAUGAAUCCUGUGAUUUUACUAUUUUCUUUGAAGGGCUAUGUAAAUCUUUGUUGCAAUAUAUUGUGCCCCAAUGUCUGUUUUUGUGUUCAUCCCAAGUAUUCUAACUAGUAGCAUAUUUAGAGUAACGAGGAGAGACACAGGGAUCAGACCCUGGAGGGAAUUUAUAAACGGAAAGCAGUUGAAGAAACUUAAUCAAAACUGAACCUUAAAAACCUGCAGGGCAGGGUACAGCAUCACUCGCUUCUUCCACUCCCUCGAGCUACUUUCCUGGGGGCCCUUUCAUCCUCCCUCUAACGAGACCCGAUUGGGUGUGCCUCAUCAUCUUCGUUCAAAGGUAGCACCUGGGCUGCAUUUAAGGACCCCAAUUUGCAGUCCUGAGGCAGGUGAGAUGGAGUUCAGGUAGAUAGAGAUAAAUAGAGCUAGAUAUCUGUAUUCAGAUUUGUGGUCAAAAGUGUUGACACCCUGGCCCUUUAUUCAAAUAAUGAACCACAUUUUUAUUUCUUUGGAUUGCAGUUGAACAAAUAUCCUAAAUCUUAGCUUUCUCCAUGAAGAUCUGUUUUAAUGGACCAUAUUAUUGGCACAUUCUAGAACUAGAAACACAUUCUAGAACUAGAAACAAUAGAUUUCAAUCAAUUCUCCUUUACUUUGGAACUGAACUUGGUGAGUUGCAGGUGCCCUUCAAUAUGAAAAUCUAUGAAUGAGCUUCCUGCACAAAAUCUCUUCCACUAUCCUUCUGGGAAAAUCUCAAUUUGCAAAAAACAACCCUGAACAUUCCACUAUCCUUCAGGGAAAAACUUCUUUAGAGCUUUUUGGUAAACCAGACUGUCUCUAAGCUUACAGAAAACAAAAUACCUUCCCCACAGUCAAACAUGUUCAGGGAGGUUUUGGGGUUGCCUUGCCUUCUCAUGAAUUGCGUGUGCAUGGCAUCAUGACACCAGGAGCAUACUGUGGCAUUUUGUUGAAAUAAUUGUUAGAAAGCUAGUUCUCCUUUAAAGGUCUUAGGUCUUCCAGCAGGAUAAUUACCCUAAACACUUCAAAAACCACAGAGGAUGGUUCAAUAAAAAUAAUAAACUAUUCUGAAGUUGUCAGCAAUGAGGCCAGAUCUAAAUCCUAUUGAAAACCGGUGGUGAGAUCUGUAAACAACAGUUGGGAGGCUCCCUUCAAAUCAAAUAAGUUUGCAAAAGCCAAGAGAGCAAACCUGCCAGCACAGAGGUGCAGGAAGCUCAUUCAAGCUCAUUCAUGGCUAUAGAAAGGGCUUUAUUGCAGUUAUUUUGGACAAAGGCUGUCCCUCCAAAUACUGAGUCUAGGGUGUCAACAAUUCUGUUAGUGCCAUUUAUGUUUUUCUCUGAUUUCAAAUGAUGUAUUAGGUUCUGAAUCAAAAACAAAGGUUCUGUAAUAUUAACAGUGAAUAGUGGACGCCUAAUACAUGGAUUCAUUUAAACGUAUCUUUAGAGACAAUGUCAUUCAA